AUGCCAAAUGGACCACAGCCCACGUCAGGUGGACCACAGCCCACGUCAGGUGGACCACAGCCCACGUCAGGUGGACCACAGCCCACGUCAGGUAGACCACAGCCCACGUCAGGUGGACCACAGCCUACGUCAGGUGGACCACAGCCCGCGCCAGGUGGACCACAGCCCACGUCAAGUGGACCACAGCCCACGCCAGGUGGACCACAGCCCACGUCAGGUGGACCACAGCCCACACCAGGUAGACCACAGCCCACACCAGGUGGACCACAGCCCACAUCAGGUGGACCACAGCCCACAUCAGGUGGACCACAGCCCACAUCAGGUGGACCACAGCCCACAUCAGGUGGACCACAGCCCACACCAGGUAGACCACAGCCCACACCAGGUGGACCACAGCCCACGUCAGGUGGACCACAGCCCACGUCAGGUGGACCACAGCCCACGUCAGGUGGACCACAGCCCACGUCAGGUGGACCACAGCCCACGUCAGGUGGACCACAGCCCACGCCAGGUGGACCACAGCCCACGUCAGGUGAACCACAGCCCACGUCAGGUGGACCACAGCCCACGUCAGGUGGACCACAGCCCACGCCAGGUGGACCACAGCCCACGUCAGGUGAACCACAGCCCACGUCAGGUGGACCACAGCCCACACCAGGUAGACCACAGCCCACACCAGGUAGACCACAGCCCACACCAGGUGGACCACAGCCCACGUCAGGUGAACCACAGCCCACGCCAGGUGGACCACAGCCCACGCCAGGUGGACCACAGCCCACAUCAGGUGGACCACAGCCCACAUCAGGUGGACCACAGACCACACCAGCUGGACCACAGCCCACACCAGGUGGACCACAACCCACACCAGAUAGACGAACACCCCAUGUUGCUCGCCAGCAUAAUCCCGACUUACCUUAA